AUGAAUCUUAAGGUGAAAACUCUUAAAAACGUCCAGGUUGAUGUUGACGUUCCCGAUACUGCAUCAGUAGAAGAUUUAAUGAACAAAGUGGCUGAAUCUUUCCCCAAUAUGCAAGCGGAUUCUCUAAAACUAAUUCACGCUGGAAAAAUACUUAAAAAGGAGCUCCUUCUCAAAGAUUAUUCAGAUAUCAAGGAUGGAGAUAAAGUAAUUGUCAUAUCAUCUAAGACAUCUGAUCCUUCCAAAAAUCAAGACCCAAAUAGCCAACCUUCCUCUACAACUACUCCAACAUCAAAACCUCCACAACCACCAACUCAAGACGAUACACCUAAUCAACCUUCUUCUGGCAAUGUAGUUUCCGAACAAACCUAUGAAAAUGUGUCAUCUAAGUUUGUUAUGGGAUCAGAACUUGAACAGAGUAUUAAUCGUAUAUGUGAAAUGGGUUUUGAGAGACCACUCGUUGAACGGGCUAUGGCUGCUGCUUUCAAUAACCCUGACAGAGCAGUAGAGUUUUUAUCCACGGGGAACAUUCCUGCCUCCAAUAUGCCAAACAUCAAUGCCCAAAAUUUAGCCACAGCAGAACAUGGAGAUCCUGCUGGAGAUGAUGUGCUUCAAAUGUUACAGUCACAUCCAAUGUUUGAACAGCUCAUACAAGCAGUCCGGUCUGACCCGAACCUACUUCAACAGAUGUUGGAAAACCUGGGACAAACUAACCCCGAGCUUUUACAGGCUAUAAUCCAAAGGCAAGACGAGUUUGUUGAAUUGCUCAGCUCUAGUGCUAGAGCUGCUGCUACAGCUGAUCAGUAUUCUACUACGGAAAACAAUCCAAACAUAAUCACACUUACACCAGUGGAAAUGGAAAGCAUACAGCGUCUUGAAGGGUUAGGAUUCUCUAGACCCGCAGUUAUCGAAGCAUACUUGGCUUGUGACAAGAACGAGGAGCUUGCAGCAAACUAUUUACUUGAAAACUUUAACGAUUUUCAAGAAUAA